ACUGGAUGGAUCAAAUGACUGUGUGUAGACAGAUGUUGGUCACAGUGAUGAACCCACACAGUGAAAUCACAUACUCUUAACUUAAGAUUUUUUAGCUUCUUUUAGCUCCUCGUUUUGGUUUUCUAGCUCACUAAUUGCCCUCACCAGUCUUGUUUCCAGCAGCAGCUGUUUCCAGACAAAACGUCAGACAGACAGACUGAACAUGAUGGAGCAUUUAGAUGGAUAUUUCCAGAAAUUCCCCUCAGGAGCUGGUGGAGACCAAAGGAGGGGAAAAAGGAUUUCUAAUAGAAGCAGCAGGGCAGUUCCUGCGGUGAGCUUGACACUGAGACACAAGUUUUGCCGCCUGCAUCUGGAUGGUUGAGCAGGGCACAUGAUCCCGGUCGGACCGAGACACCAGGAGCCACAGGUACCGGAGAAAGAGCUGUACUGACGGCCAGCAGCACCGGGGACAGGAAGUCGCGUCAGAACCAGCAGAAUGGAUGCUGUCAGUGUGAAGGGAACUCCGUCAACAUGUGAGGAGAACGUCCCGGCAGCUCUGCCUGUGCAGCUGGAGCUGGUCAGAGGUCCUGAGCGUCUUCCUGCAGACGACCAGUUAAAGGAAAUGUUGAGAGGGAAACUGCGUGUUCUGCAGGUCGACAGCACCAAGGUCAACGCUCUCUUCAUGGAGCUUUCUGCUCACGUCAUCUCCAUCAACAGUGAAGAAAAAGUUAUUUAUGUGAGAUUCAAAACAUUUGAGGAGAUAUGGAAGUUCACCACAUAUUACAAUACAGGUUUCCUGGGUCAGUGUAUGGAGAGUUUGUUGUUGGACCAGACGUUCUGGCUCAGUUCUUUAGAGGACGACGUUGCUAUUGAAGUUUCCAUUCAGGAGGAAACGCUCAACCUUAUCUACAAACGCAUCCUCAUGCAGGAGGGUUCGUUGUUUGCUAGUUGCAGCGCCAACCAGAUGUUUGACAGCUCCAUCUCUGGUGGAGACCUGUACCUGGAGCAGGGAGACAUAGCCCAGUUUGAGCCUCCCUUCAUGGGCUCAGGUUGGACUGUUCUCUGCCUGGCUAACGGAGCCCGGGGCACUGCACCCAAACCUGCUCUGGAGCCAGUCAUUCCUUUUCAUCAGUGGUUUCUCAAAUCCUGUUCUGAGAGCAUUUUAGUUGGAGAUGGCAAACCUGCCUGUGACUUCCCUCUGCAGUUUGCCAGGGGCACCUGUGUGGCUACAGAGGAAUAUGAUGCUGAGGGCCCAGAUGAGCUGAGCAUGGAACUAGGUGAUCGUAUCAUCAUUGUGGGACUCCUGGUGUCUUGUUUUGAUUGGUUCACAGGGAGAAAGGAGGCGACAGGAGAAGUGGGUCUGGUCAAGACGAGCCUAGUGAAACCGUCCACUGACAUUUGCGACUCAGCAGAUAUUUUUUUGGAGAAAGAGGACGGGAGGUUCUUCAGUCUGCAGGAGGACAAAGUCAUAGAGGAGACGACGACUUUACUGAAGAAGAGAUCCCAAGAUGACACUGGUCACAACUACAAACUGGAUGUUAUCAGUUGCCAAGACUCUGAGAAGAAACCAUUAGUCAGCUGUUUGAGUGAAGCUGAGACUCAGCAGACUGAGCUGAAGAUGAACAUUCAGAGGAUUCUGGAUCAGGGAAAAGACUCAGCACCAGAUCUCACCGUGACCAUGAAACGGUCUCGGGAGGACUCGGUUCCGUCUACAGAGGCUGAAGACCCGAGCCCCCCCCGUUUCACCGUUCACCCGAUUGUUGAAGGAAACAACAACACUGAGAGCUUCAUUCCCCUCUUCUCGUUUCUGGAGGGACAGCUCUACAAAGCAGAGUUUGGCGUCCUGUACGGUCUCAACUCUGAACUCCUCACCUCCUCCACCUUCUCUGGUCACUCUGACGAGGAUCAGCUGAUCGCCUUCCUGGCUGUUGCCAGGGAAACAGCCAGGAAGAAGCGACUCUUCUGGUCACAGACUCGUUUGUGCUUCCUAUUGGGUAAGCUCUGCGCUGGGAGGUCAAAGUUCAGCCAGGCUCGGGUUUACUUUGAGGAAGCCCUCAGCGUUCCACGAGAGGGCUUCAGGGACUUCAAGCUGUUGGCCAGUAUCUAUUCUAACCUGGCCGCCAUUUACCUGCUGCAGAAAAACACAGAGAGCUUCUUUGCUGUGACUCAACGACUCGUUGCCUUGAUUCUGGGAAUCCCAGACUGCAUGCAGAGCUUAGAGGACAAUUCUGCUCUUAAAUACAUCCUCAAGAAAGCUGUGCUCUCCCACAACAGAAAGGCAGAGGCCCGGGCUUGUUACUUGUUGGCAAAGCACCACUGGACCCACGCUGAUGGGGCUCAAGCUGUCCCCUAUCUUGAAAGACUACUUGUUCUUUGUGCUGAAGCUCAAAGAACAUGGAGCAUCUCUCUGAGUCAUGGAUACCUCAGCCUGGGGAGGCUCUACAGUCAACUCUGCCUCCCCCACCUCAGCGUCAGUUCAGCAAGGAGAGCUUCUCUGCAGCCGUCUGCCCAGCUGAGCGACUGUCUUCACAGCAUGGGUCUGGUUCUGGACAAUGUACACAAACUGAAUGGGAUCACGGAGCAAGAUGUCUCCGUCCCGCCUCAAGUGGCGCCAUUUUUACACCAGGCCCUCUCAUUCACCAAGUUCCAGGGAGGAGGGAAGAACCAACACCACACUUUGUUCCAUCAGCUGACUGUAUGUCUCUGCCAGCUGUUUUAUAAGCACAGAAUGGUUGGCCACGCCAUCCACCAAAUGCAUCGCCUCAUCAACAACAGUCCACCUUUACAGCAAGUCCCCAUCUCAGUGCCAGAGAGAAACAGCGCCCUCAUCUGGCUGGCAUGGCUUCACAUCGACGACCAACAGCCUGGUGUGGCUCUGGACAUACUGGACUCGGUCCUGUCUUCAAUGCCAGAGCACUGCACAAGCCCCCUGGAGGGUGUGGUGCUCAACAUGCGUGGUGUGGCACUCCGAUGUAUGGGCGACCUCCAGAGGGCGGCAGAGAGCUACCAGGCUGCCGUCGACAUCUGCCAAGAGUAUGAGGACCUGCCAAACUGGGCUGUAGCUCAGGCUAACCUCGGGCUGCUGUGUCUGAAGGCGGGAGCUAGAGGCCUGGCUCAGAGGCACCUGACGGAGGCUGUGCAGCUGUUCUCAGAGCUGGAUUCAGACGGUCAUGAGGCGAACUUCAUCACAGUGCUGCUGAAGCUUGGGCAGCUCUACGUGACGCAGCAGCAGGUGCACUAUGGGAAAGGAUGCUACGAGUGGGCUCUGCUGCUGGCUAUCAACGCCAACCUGUUAGACUGUCAGCUGACUGCAACCAGAGACCUGUGCUGUCUGUACGGCAGUGAGAGUCCAGACCAGGCCCAGUGCAUCAUCUACAACCAGCACCAGGUCCAGCUGCUGAGACGCACCGGAGACAGAGCACAGGAGGGGGACGCACUGGAGGCCGUCAGCCAGCUCUACCUCACUCUGGGCACAGAGAGGGCGUACAGGGCAGCUCUGGACUACACCAAGAGCAGUCUGGGUAUUUUCAUCGAUCUGGGCUGCAGGGAGAAGGAGGCGUACGGCUGGCUGCAGGCCGGGAAGAUCUACCACCUGCUGGGCCAGACUGAGCUGGUGGACCUUUAUGUUCAGGUAGCUCAGGACGUCGCUCUGAGCAUCGGAGACACCAGGUUCAUCCUGAAGCUGCUGGAAGCUGCAGGAGACAUUUUCUUCAACAGCUGCCAGGACAGAGACAAAGCCAUCACCUUCUACAGGGACCGAGCUCUGCCCAUCGCAGUGAAGAGCGGCAGCGUUCACACCAGGCUGAGGCUGUGUAAUAAACUGACUGAGGUGAUGCUCAGUCUCCAGCUGUACGGGGACGCUGUGGAGUUUGCUCAGACUGCUCUGGACAUCAGCAUCACUCAGGGUGAGUGUCUGAAUGAGCGGGUGGCCUACCACCGCCUGGCCUCUCUCUACCACCGCCUGGAGCAGUAUGAACUUGCUGAACACCAUUACCUGAAGACCCUGACCCUGUGUCCAGCACCUCUGCAGUUUGAUGAGGAGACACUGUACUACGUCAGGGUCUACCAGACACUGGGGGACAUCAUCUUCUACGACCUGAAGGACCCGUUCGAUGCUGCAGGCUACUACCACCUGGCUCUGGCUGCAGCCAUGGACCUGGGCAACAAGAGGUCUCAGCUGCAGCUGUGCACGCGCCUCGCCACCAUCUACCACAACUUCCUCAUCGACCGGGAUCUGUCGCUCUUCUUCUACCAGAAGGCGAGAGGCUUCGCUGCAGAGCUGAACGUGAGGAGGAUUAAUAUCUCCCCAGAUCAGUUUCACAGAAGCAUCUCACAGGACAAGGCCACCGGAAAAUUUGCUAACUAACUUCUUGAUUGACGCACAAAGAAAGAAAAACCCCAGAAGAUGGAUGAGUGGAUGUGUUGUUUCUUUUUGUUUUUUAAAUCUUUUUGGCUUUUUUUUCUUUAACUGAUCACAAAGGAGUUCCCAUUUUUAAAAACCCUCUCUGGAGAUGAUGAAGAUGAGGUUGCCACAGAAUUGUUGUACUUUAUGCACAAGAUUAAACAUUAGUGUCCUUCAUUAAUUCACAUUAAAAUAAAUCAAUAGGUAAAUGUCACGCCCUAAAUGCACUUGCUCCAUGUGCUUAACGUCGUGAGUUUAGAUUGAAAUAGGGCCUGCAGUAUUUAUAAGCUCAAUAAUCUCAGUCUGCUCCAGUAAAAAUCUAAAGACACUAACAAGCAAAACACAAACUCAAGUGAAACUGUUCUCUCGUCUUUCUAGAAAAUAUACAAUAAUAAACUUUUUCAGUGACCUCGAGUAGCUGGUACAGAUUUUGAUGGAUGCAUACGAUGAGAUUUAAUAUCUCCUGGUACUUAAUGAACUACUGACACUGAAUUCUCCUGAUGGAUUUAGUUAGAGGCUCUGUGACCAGCUCCGUUUUCUACCUGUAUUUAUUGAACCAUCACAGCAGCUUCUGGAAAUGUGGAAAUAAAUUUAACUCAAUCAAUAAAAAUGUUAAUAUUAUUCAGACUGUUGAUGAGAUUAAAGAUAUACAACUGAAUGCAUGUUAAUCAGAUUUUCCGUUUGAAUGAUUUUGAUUUGAGCUGCUACAGAACCACAUGUUGCCCAUGUGUCAGCACGUGUUCCACACAUUUCACAUGUGAAUUUAGCGUGUUUUCAAAUGUUCAAUUUCACGUGCAAAAUCGCAUGCACGUGUGUCAUAUGUGCUCACGUGUGUCCAUAUGGACUGUGGUAAUGGUCGUUACUGAAUUCAUCCAAAAUGUAAUUAAAAAAAUGAAUUUAAUUUAAGCAAAAUAAGGAUUUUGUUCUUAAUGCUUAAAUUGCACUGAAUGAAUCUGAUUCACGUGCUUUCAGCAGUUUUGACAAUAACAACUUUUCAUACACAGAGCCAUGUAAACGAAGGAUGAAGUCCUAUACAGUCAUUCCCACGGCCCCUCUACUGCCAAACCAUCAUGAUCCAGGUGUUCAUUAAAGUCCAGGUAAUCCCAGCUGACGGACUGUGUGUGCUCUAACACCACCUGUCGAACAGCAGUGAGAGAUUGUGAGUGUCAGGCGACACUCGUCUCUUUAUGGUCCGGCCAAAUUAAACAUGAUCCGUCAUCUUUCCUGCUUCCUUCCAUGAUUAACAGAGGAAAUCAGUUGGUGCUGGAGUUUGAUUUCGGCAGUGAAUUACCUGACAGGCCUCAGGUGUGGUUGUAGUUUCUGACCUGAGCUCUCACUGAGUCUUUGAAGAAACUCUAAUGAAACUGACAUCUACGAUAUAUUCAUGAAGUGAAAGUUGUUCUGUGGUUAGUUUUAUUAAUGCUCCACUUAAACUUAUAUGUGAGUGAAACAAGUGACCAAAUAAAUGAUUUGAUCUCG